CCCGCCCCGGCCAGGCGGUGCCGCCCCCUCCGUUCCUCACUCGCACUCACACACACACACACAUAGACACACACACGGGCACACACAAACGGAGGCGCUUCCUGCGCGGCGCCGGGCUCGGGCGGGCGGAGCAGCGCCGCUUCCUUCCCGCCGACUCACAGCUCUGUUUCCAUUGUGCCUUCUGUGUCAGCUGAUGGAAGAUGUGUAGCUGAAUGAAUUGGUGUACCUAAUACAGCUUCAAGACACUGGGACUGGUGUUGGAUCUUACUGCUAAAAGCAUGUGAAUUGCACCUGGAGGUAGACUUCCACCAAGAAGAUGCAGUUCACCAAAAGUUUAAAAAAUUCCUUUUGUACAGUCAAGCUUCCAAGAAGUGGGAAUAGUUGCAUGUUUGGGGAGAACUUAGUGAUUUUGGUUGGAGAUGAUCUGCUGCUUUUUCCUCUGUCAGAGGAAAAUAGAAAGAGUUCCUUCUUUCUCUCUCUUGUCACUGUGCGGUCAUUUAAGCAGCAGAGAACAGAAGGAAAUCCUCGGUGUCAUCUUAUACAUAGGGAAUUCUUCUGAAGGAUUUGCUGGAAGCAGAUAUGUGUGGAUUUUCUGCAUGAAGACUCUCAAACUGGAUUACAUAAUAAUAUGCCUGUACCCUCUGCCUCUAUUUGAUCCUUAAAAAUGAUUAGGAUUGUAUAUGAAAUUUAACCCCUUUCUGAUGAGUGACUUAGACAUGAGUUUACAUCGGCAAAUGGGCUCUGAUCGGGACCUCCAGUCUUCUGCUUCCUCUGUGAGCCUGCCAUCAGUUAAAAAGGCACCAAAGAAAAGAAGAAUUUCACUGGGCUCACUUUUUCGGAGAAAAAAAGACACGAAACGCAAGUCUAGGGAUUUAAAUGGAGGUGUUGAUGGAAUUGCAAGUAUUGAAAGUAUUCAUUCAGAAAUGUGUACAGACAAGAACUCUAUUUUCUCCACGUGUACCUCUUCUGAUAACGGAACAACCUCUAGCAGCAAACCAAGCGGAGACUUCAUGGAAUGCCCCUUGUGCCUUUUGCGGCACUCCAAGGACAGGUUCCCGGAGAUAAUGACUUGUCACCAUAGAUCCUGUGUGGAUUGCUUGCGUCAGUAUCUGCGGAUAGAGAUCUCUGAGAGCAGAGUUAAUAUUAGCUGCCCAGAAUGCUCAGAACGCUUUAAUCCUCAUGAUAUUCGUUUGAUAUUAAAUGAUGACAUCUUGAUGGAAAAAUAUGAAGAGUUUAUGCUUAGGCGAUGGCUGGUUGCAGAUCCUGAUUGUAGGUGGUGCCCAGCUCCAGAUUGCGGGUACGCAGUGAUCGCGUUUGGAUGUGCCAGCUGCCCCAAGCUGACGUGCGGGCGAGAGGGCUGCGGGACGGAGUUCUGCUACCACUGUAAGCAGAUCUGGCAUCCCAACCAGACCUGCGAUGCUGCCCGCCAGGAGAGGGCUCAGAGCCUGCGCCUGAGAACAAUUCGUUCUUCAUCUAUCAGUUACAGCCAGGAGUCUGGAGCAGCAGCUGAUGACAUAAAGCCAUGCCCACGCUGUGCUGCUUAUAUAAUAAAAAUGAAUGAUGGAAGCUGCAAUCAUAUGACUUGUGCUGUCUGCGGCUGUGAAUUCUGUUGGCUAUGUAUGAAAGAGAUCUCAGAUUUACAUUAUUUAAGCCCAUCGGGUUGCACAUUUUGGGGAAAGAAGCCAUGGAGCCGUAAGAAGAAAAUCCUGUGGCAACUAGGGACACUUGUUGGAGCUCCUGUAGGAAUUGCCCUAAUAGCUGGCAUUGCUAUUCCUGCUAUGAUUAUUGGAAUUCCUGUCUAUGUGGGACGUAAGAUUCACAAUCGAUACGAAGGCAAAGACAUUUCAAAGCACAAGCGAAACUUGGCUAUAGCAGGUGGUGUAACCUUAUCUGUAAUUGUUUCUCCAGUUGUAGCUGCAGUAACCGUAGGUAUUGGUGUUCCCAUUAUGCUGGCUUAUGUGUAUGGAGUUGUUCCAAUUUCCCUCUGCCGAAGUGGAGGCUGUGGUGUGUCAGCUGGCAAUGGAAAAGGUGUCAGGAUAGAAUUUGAUGAUGAAAACGAUAUAAAUGUUGGUGGAACAAAUGCAGCUGUAGAUAGCACGUCGGUGGCGGAGGCGCGUCACAACCCCAGCAUAGGGGAGGGCAGCGUGGGGGGCCUGACGGGCAGCCUGAGCGCCAGCGGCAGCCACAUGGACAGGAUCGGAGCCAUGCGCGACAACCUGAGCGAGACGGCCAGCACCAUGGCCCUGGCUGGGGCCAGCAUCACGGGCAGCCUCUCGGGGAGUGCCAUGGUGAACUGCUUUAACAGACUGGAAGUACAAGCAGAUGUGCAGAAAGAACGAUACAGUCUGAGUGGAGAAUCUGGCACAGUUAGCUUGGGAACAGUUAGUGACAAUGCCAGUACCAAAGCAAUGGCAGGAUCCAUUUUGAACUCCUACAUCCCUUUGGACAGGGAAGGUAACAGCCUGGAAGUGCAGGUGGAUAUCGAAUCCAAGCCAGCCAAGUUCCGGCACCACAGCGGGAGCAGCAGCGUGGAGGACGGCGGCGCUGCCGGGCGCGGCUCCGCCGGCUGCUCCGGCCCGCCCGAGGGCAAAGCCGGCGCCACCAAGUGGUCCAAGGACAGCACGGCGGGGAAGAAGUGCAAAGGUAAGCUGAGAAAGAAGAGUAGCAUGAAGAUUAAUGAGACGAGAGAGGACAUGGAUGCUCAGCUGUUGGAGCAGCAAAGCACAAACUCCAGCGAAUUUGACUCUCCCUCUCUGAGCGAUAGUAUUCCAUCUGUAGCAGAUUCACACUCCAGCCAUUUCUCUGAGUUCAGUUGCUCAGAUAUGGAAAGUAUGAAAACUUCCUGUAGCCAUGGCUCCAGCGACUAUCACACUCGCUUUACCACAGUCAGUGUUCUCCCAGAGGUGGAAAACGAUCGCUUGGAAAACUCUCCACAGCCGAGUGGAAUCCCUGUGCCUGUUCCAACAGCCCCAAGCACUGAUGUUCCACAGCUGAGUUACAUUGUUGAGGAAAGCAUUAAUAAUGGAUCUUCAACAGAUGUAGGUUUAGGUGUUGGUGAAACACCAAAAGAAACAAACAACAACCAUUCACAACAGGCUGUGGAAUUAAGCACUGCUAUUCAGACUGAAAUGUAAAUCUGUAAGUGCUGCAAAAAAUAUAUUUGCCACUAAAGAACCCUGUCAAAGCUGGUUGAAUCACAUGCGACUCCCGUAGGUUUCAGGUGACCAGCAGAAGCAAGGUUUUGAUACAACUGCAUUUUCUAUAUACUUGUCUGAUAAAGCAAAAUACUUCCUAUGGAUCUUCGACCUGUAUGAAGAGACAUGAAGGCUUUAACCAAGUGCAUUACAGCAGUACAGAAAUGUCCAUGUUUUGUAUUUUUGCCACAACUUUGCUUGAAAGCGUAUACUUGGUGUAUUUAGAUAAAAAUUGGUAAAUUCUUAAUAUGUUAAAUGCUGAAAUGAAUAAUAUGUCCUGCACUGUUCACUUGGAAAAUAUGGGGUUUGGGAUAAAGGGUGUUAGCUGAGCAUUAGUGACUUAAAACCAUUCUUGUGUGAACUCUUAAAUUUAAGGGAAGCAAAGACCUGCAGAGACCUAUACAAACAUACUUCAACAGUGAAUAUUCAGAAUGACAAUUUUGUUUCAUAACUGGACACACUGUAUUUAGAAUGCAUGUAGAAUGAACUGCAUAUCUUCAGAUGGAUGUAGCCUGUGUCAGAGGUGUUCGUAUGUGUGUACACUUUGAGCAGGGUUAUGGCUUUUACAUAACUUCAAAACAUAAGAAAUUGGUACUUAAUAUAUGGUGGAAUGGAGACAUCACCUGUGUAGAACAGUGGGGUUACCUAUUUAUUCAUGCAACCAAUCAUGCAGCAGUUAAGGCUACUAUAUAGUGUAUAGAAAGUGUAAAAUAACAAUCCAGUGAUUUCUAAGCAUUGUAGAAAAGCAGAUGCAGCCACCUUUCAUUAAGGGGAAAAUUGGUGCCCCGUCCAUUCUUGGUGCCUUUGGAAAAGACUGGGUUUGAAGUGCCUGGUCAUCUGAGGAUUUUACUGUAAUGUUUUCCAGAAUGUCCUAUUUGGCCACCUUGGAUCACAAAAGAAAA